UUCAUUUUUUCAAAAUAACACCCCUACCCGCUUCUCUCUCUCUCUCUCUCUCUUUCCUUUCCCAUGAAACCCUAAUAGCUGCCAUGCUCUCCCUCGUCCCUCUCAUACCAAAAAUGGCAUAUUUACAGACGUAUGUUGACAUGCACAACAUUUGUAUGCUCUUUGUGGUGAAAUAUCAAAAGAUUCACUCAAUUCCAUGAUUCUCUUACCCGAAUAUGGUUUGGAAGCACAGAGGCUCCCAAAUCCAUUCUUUUCUUGGCUGCGCACACAAAAGAUUUCGACGAGAUUGCAACGUGAAUUUGGAAUAGCUAAAGGAGCGGAAAGAGGUCAGCAGACAGGUGAACUUGGUUCCUAGAAGCUCUACCAGCCGCACUUGACAGCGCUCCAGUUGUUCCGGAGCCUCGCCUCUGCGGUACUAUUAUAUUAAUGCCGCCGAAGAGAAAGGCUACGAUGGCCGAGAAAGCCAAGAGGGUGGCGGCCAGCAGAGUUGAACGGGAGCUAGAAGAAGAAGAAUCUCAUAAUGAGGCUCCCCCUCAGACUGUUCCUACUCCCUCUGCACCGGCAGAGCAGGGAAGAGUUCCAGCUCCAGCCCCCGCACCUCCAGUUCCACCGGCAGCAGCUCCGGGCCAUCAGAUGGCAGAGGCCAUCCAAUUAUUGACCCAGUUAGUCGCCGCACAAGCUCAACGGCAAGAUGUAGACACGGGAGACAGGGCGGUAAGCGCAAGGGCCCGAGACUUUAUUACCCUGAAGCCGCCAGAGUUCUAUGGAUCAAAACCAGAGGAGGACCCGCAGAGUUUUAUAGAUGAGAUGCUGAGGACUCUGGGGAUCAUACAUGCUUCGGAUACGGAGUCCGUAGAGUUGGCUUCAUACAGGCUGCGGGAUGUGGCAGUUCUGUGGUAUAAUAGCUGGAUAUCUUCGAGGGGAGCAAAUGCACCCCCUCCGGUUUGGCAGGAGUUUACUGAGGCUUUCCUACGACAUUUCCUACCGCCAGAGGUUCGACGGGCUCGAGCCGAUAUGUUCUUGCACCUGAGACAGGGAAAUAUGAGUGUCCGAGAAUACAGCCUUCGUUUCAACUCGCUAGCCAGGUAUGCCCCUGCCAUGAUAGCUGAUAGUGGAGACCAUGUGCACCGGUUUGUAAGUGGGCUAGGGCCACAUUUAGUUAAGGAAUGCUUGACGGCUUCACUCCAGGAUGGGAUGACUAUUACCCGCAUCCAGGCCCACGCCCAAAAUUUGGAGGAACAAUAUCAGUCACGGAGAGAGGAGCGUUAUCCAUAUAGGGGUUCCAGAAAAAGGGGCAGGUUUUCCAGGACUAGGAGCGAGUACAGAGGGGGACAGGCACAGGGGCAAUUCGGGUACUGAGACCAAUUGGCUGCCAGUGCACCUCCUCGAUUCGCGGAUAGGGGGUUUGACCAUUCUACUUAUUCGGAAGCAGGUCAGGGCACUAGAGCUUCGGGGUCCCAGUAUAGAGCUGAAUCCAGCAGGAUGAUGCCACCCCCACCACGGUGUACCCGGUGUGGCAGGCCACACUCGGGACAGUGUUACCGGGACACGGGUGCAUGUUAUGCUUGCGGACGGACCGACCAUUUGAUGCGAGAUUGUCCGCUAAGGAAUGAGAGAAGCAGAGUUCAGCCUGCCGGAUCAACUGUGGAUUCGUCACCGUCCGUGCGCCCUCCGGGACAGGCCUUCCAGGCUCCCGCAGGUCGUGGCCGAGGCAGAGGAGGGACGCCUAGCUCAGCCGGUCCUUCACGCCGCAUAUAUGCAUUGACAGGGCGGCAGGAUACUGGACCUUCCACCGAUGCGGCCACAGGUCAGCAGAUAGGUGAACUUGGUUCUUAGAAGCUCUACCAGCCGCACUUGACAGCGCUCCAGUUGUUCCGGAGCCUCGCCUCUGCGGUACUAUUUUGUGUAUGUAUAUUCGGGCACGGUUGCACCCGGCUCUCUCUAUGUAUAAGUGUACUAUGUCUAGAGGCUCGUAGACAGAUAGGUACAGUUAGUCAGGUACGGUUAGAUAUAUGGUGUUUUGGCAUGGUUGUUGUAUAAAGUGAUAACGAAGUUUACUAGUUUAUGUUCAUAAUAACGCUGCUAAUGUUAAUGUUCGUUGAUGUUCAAAAAAAAAAAACAUAUGGUACUGUUUAUACGGCUUGCUAAGAGCUAAGGGUCACAAGAUGAAUAAGGGGUGCUCGGUACAAGUAUCGGGUACUCGUCACGGCCCCUAGUCGGGUCGUGACAGUAAUCAUCUGUGAUUUGUGGCAAAUGUGUGCUAAUUGUCCAUGACUUAUA